CAUCAAUGUCUACCCAUCUGUUGCAUCGUAGCACCACAAUCGAAUAGAAAUCCGCUCCAUCAGCAAGGAUGGCGGACGCUAUAGCGCGUAAAGGUCACACAACUGCUCCGGCAGGUGACGAAACUUGCCCGCAGGCAGUGUCCAUAUCCACGAUGUUAGCUAUGAUCAAGGUAUGUCGAUGCUGCAAGGAAGCAUGGAAUCUUCUGACUCCCCAGAUAGAAAAUACGAGAAGUCGAAGCGUUCAUUUCCACCCUGGACGGCCAACCCUCCCAUCGCGCAGCUGUAAACGUAUACUACAAGUCCGCCCUCCACCUGACGGGCAAACGAAAAGCUGCACUCUCUCCCGACGAUCGGAACUACAUGGCAGCGUUACUACAUCAGUCAGCAUCAAGGGUGCCUGCGGAAAGCACCAUCGUUGCACCCUCUCCAUCCGGCCAGCAUGACCAUGGCAGAGCUUCUGGAGGCGAUGCUCCCUUAGGGCAUUCAGAUACUACUUCGUUUGCACCUAC